UGAAAGAGAAAGAGAAGGGGAAGGAAAAAAAAAUGAAGGAGGGUGAAAGAAAGAAGAGAUCCUGAUGGAAAUCAGGGCACUGUGACCAGCUCCUGCUCGGAGCGGGGGAAGGCGAGGCGGAAACGAGAUUUCCCUACAAGUUUUGCUGCUGCCGCUGCCUGAAGGUUGCUGAGGAGCCUUCCCCGCUCGGCGAGGGGGGUGGGUUUGUUCACUUCUCUCUGCUUUCCCUCCCUCCCCAGCCUCUGCUCUGCAGCCUGCCCGUACGGAGGAAAGGUGGAGGGGUGGGGGGAGGGGGGAACACAGCCGACCCAAAAAGAGAGCCCGGCUUCCAGCCACCACCCUCCACGACGGAAGAAAAGAGGGACUGAGAGCACGAGAAAAAAGAAGAAGAGGAAAAAGAGGAUCUCGGCUUGUCCAGCCCUUCCGCGGUAACGGGAGCACGCAGAGAACCCGGUGGAUUUUUUUCUCCCCUUCUUCGGCACUGCUUUUCAAGCUCAAGGACUUCAACUCGGGGGAAAAAAGCCGCAGAGAGAGAACAACAACACAGAAAGCAAGACGAAUAAUGAACAAUCUUGUUACCCUGCUAUCCCGAGGGCCGAGGAUGUGUCCCGGCUCGGGAAGUUGCAGGCUGUAGAAGUUCUGCCUCUCCCCCAUGUACUGUGCUGUUUAGAGCUUGUUUCCCCCCACCUUAUUUUUUUUUUCAUUUUUGUACCUUCUCGUUGUUAUUGUUAUUAUCUUAAUUUUUCUGCUUCGUGAUGUGCUGUUAGAAACCACUCCAGGACUACUCCAGCAGUAGGAAGAUCGAGGAGUGGAGUGGAUGAAUAUACCGAUGAGAGAUCCAGUGAUCCCUGGGACAAGCAUGGCUUAUCAUCCUUUUUUACCUCACCGGGCACCGGACUUUGCCAUGAGCGCCGUGCUGGGACAUCAGCCCCCCUUCUUCCCGGCCCUGGCUUUGCCCCCCAACGGAGCGGCUGCCCUCUCCCUCCCCGGGGCCCUGGCUAAGCCCAUUAUGGAUCAGCUAGUGGGGGCUGCAGAGACUGCUAUCCCUUUUUCUUCCCUGGGCCACCAGGCAGCAGCCCAUCUGAGGCCUUUAAAAACUCUGGAGCCAGAAGAAGAAGUGGAAGACGACCCGAAAGUGCACCUGGAAGCCAAAGAGCUUUGGGAACAAUUCCAUAAAAGAGGCACGGAGAUGGUGAUCACCAAAUCGGGAAGGAGAAUGUUUCCUCCGUUUAAAGUGAGAUGCACUGGACUGGAUAAAAAGGCCAAGUACAUUUUAUUGAUGGAUAUUGUGGCGGCUGACGACUGUAGGUACAAAUUCCAUAAUUCCCGGUGGAUGGUAGCCGGCAAAGCUGACCCUGAAAUGCCAAAGAGAAUGUACAUCCACCCGGACAGCCCGGCCACCGGAGAACAAUGGAUGUCCAAAGUCGUCACCUUUCACAAGCUGAAGCUCACUAACAACAUCUCUGACAAGCACGGAUUUGUGAGUCCUUUUCCCCUCUCCCCAAGCAGUGUUCCCCCGCAGUGCCCGGCCCGGAGCUUUCCCAGGCGCUGCAGUUUGGGCACCACACGUGUGGAAUAUGGGGAAUAAACAGCCUCUGCAUGCAGCCGGCUGGUGUGUUAGUGUCCUGGUAAAACCUUCCUUUCUUUUUCUGUAGCCGAGGUCAAGAUUAAACAACCUAAUUUAUUCUGUAAGCUUUCCAAACACCCAAUCCGUACCAUUCAGAAUAAUCUUUAGAGAUAUGUUUCCAAUAUAGUGCAACUCAAUAUAUCUCAGAGCUGCGUUGGCUCGAUAGAUAUACAUAUAUGUAAUAUAUUCUUAAUAGAGACGAUCACACUUUUUAAGCAUAGGAAAAUGAUAUGCAUAUGUGUAUAAAGGGCUUAAAGGCCUAAGUAUGCAAACAUUUAAAUAUAUAUUAAUCUGGAUAACGUAAAGCAAACCAGAGUGAAAAUAAACAGGAACCAAAAGCAAAGGUCAAGUUGCCCAUUCAUGUCUAUCCACUCCUUUACAUUUACUGGGUGUGCAGAGAUAAAAAGCUCCCCCUGCGAGUGAAAUCAAACAAACUGCUGAUAAGUGCCCGCCGCUCCUCGCCGUUUCUUUCUAUUCCUGGGAAAGUCUGGAGCCGGGGCUGCGGUGGUGGCCGCGGUCGGGGGAUCUCUAAUGCGCCGAAGAUUGCAUUCGCUGCCCGUGAUUCGAUUAGACGAUCUGCUCUUGCCUCUCGCAGAAGGCCUUAAGUGGAUUGAGGCGAGCAAUUAGACCUGACCAAGGCGCUCGUGGGUGGCGUUGCUAUUGUAGCUGCUGUCUCCGCUUUAUUUUUAUUUUCUUUUGGUUCGCCUUGAAAUCUAAAGCCGUCGCGUCCGAAGCCCAAAUAACCCCCGCAGAACCCCU